AUGUUUUCUUUUAUGUUCACUGUAGUGAUUCCCAAUAUUCCAGUCAAUGCUCGAUGGUCACAUAUUGGAGUGACUGUCGCUGGAGGCUAUAGAGAAGGCUAUGCCACCAAUGAGCUCGAUCACCCAUGUGGUCUUGUGAUUGAUGAAGAUCAGGCAGUGAUCAUCGCUGAUAGCUACAAUGAUCGUGUCGUUCAAUGGAAGUUUGGUGAUACAAAUGGACAAGUUAUAGCUGGUGGUCGUGAUCGAGGAAAUCGAUUAGAUCAAUUGAAUGGACCAGUCGACGUGUUGAUCGAUAAAGAAACGGAUAGUCUUAUUAUAUCUGAUCGUGAGAAUCGACGCGUCGUAAGAUGGUCUCGUCGUAGCGGCACAACUCAAGGAGAAGUUCUCUUCAAGAAUAUCAAAUGUUAUGGGUUGGCCAUAGAUGAUCAAAGAUAUAUCUACGUCGCUGACACUGACAAACAUGAAGUAAGACGAUUUAGAAUAGGAAACAAGCACGGAACUGUCGUGGCUGGUGGCCACGGUAAAGGUGUUCAACUCAAACAACUCAAUGCGCCGACCUAUAUAUUUGUCGAUCAAGAGCAGGCUGUCUACGUGUCAGACAACAACAAUCAUCGUGUCAUGAAAUGGAAUAAAGGUGCAAGAAAAGGCAUUCUCGUCUGUGGGGGGCGAGGUGAAGGGAAUGCUCAUACACAAUUGUCGUAUCCUCAAGGACUCAUUGUCGAUACAUCGGGUACCAUCUAUGUGGCAGAUUCGAACAAUAAAAGAGUGAUGUGUUGGCCCAAAGGAGCGACACUCGGUACUAUUGCCGUCGAUGGAAAUGGUUCCAGAGAAGGGACUGAUCAGUUGAACAAUGCUGUCGGUUUGUCCUUCGAUCGACAUGUUACUCUCUAUGUUGUUGAUUCUUUGAAAGCUCGAGUACAACGAUUUUCGAUCGAAUAG